AUGGCCAAAAAAGCAUCGCUGGCGACGGCUAGGGUUGUGCCCGUUAUCCUGGCGUUCAUCGUUGCCUAUGUCUCCUACGUGGUCGUCGGUCCGCUCAGUAUCAACUACCUCAUCAACGGGCCGAGAGUGCGUAUUGCUGCCGGCAUCGCACUCCCGAUUAUAUGGUUCUUCCUCCUUCUACCGGUGGCAGCUACAUAUCUCCGACUAUUGCUCGUCGUCUCUCGAAAUCCUGGCUAUACCGAGCUCGGUGAUGCUGAUGGUACCGCUGCGAGGAAGGAGCCGCCACCAGAGUUUUGGAUGAGAGAUGUCUUCGCAUGCGAUCAGAGGGGCCUGCCUGUCUGGUGUCAAUAUUGUCGCAAUUGGAAGCCCGAUCGCGCACAUCACAGUCAGGAUGCCGGAAGGUGUACGCUCAAGAUGGAUCAUUUCUGUCCGUGGGUAGGCGGAGUGGUCGGCGAACGAUCCGUCAACUUCUUUCUGCAGUUUCUCUUCUAUGCUACGCUGCUGGCGGCCUACGGUACUGCUUUGCUGGGAUACUUUGUUCAUGAAAGCCGAGCGGAUGUGCAAAUCAACGUCGCGCUCGGUCUGGCUGGAUUCUUCUUAUUAUUCACACUAGGCAUGGUGGUGAACAGCUUUUUCCUCGUGUCGCGUAACACGACCACCAUCGAGAACAUCGACAAUAGAGGUCGGACGAUGCUGCUAGCAGUUCUCCUGCCGCCUGAGCUACAGCCCACCCAAUACCCAAGCAGUGCGGGUUUAAUUCUGCCAGCAUCCGCGAGUCUGAAUGGCCCUUAUGAUGCCGGCAGCGACAACGGACCGCCUCGGACUGGUGAACAUCCCGUAACGUCCGAGAUCGAUGACCCAUCUCACAGUAGUUAUUUCACCAACAACAGUGGCACGAAUUGGGCGUUGAGACGUGCAUCACGAUCCGAGUUUUGGAGAGGAACUGUGACAUACCCGCUGUCACCGGCUGAGGGAAGGCCGCUACGAACUUUCGCCAUACUAGAAACUCCGCCAGGUAUGAAUCCAUGGGACUUGGGAUCACCGUGGUGCAACAUGAAAAACAUCAUGGGCAGUAAACUGCACCACUGGCUGCUACCACUCCGACAUUCUCCUUGCUGCGAUCAUAGCUCGAACGUCUCCUUCUAUCCGCUUGGCCCGCAAUUCGAAGCCUUUCUGGACAGUGCUGGACUGGUGCAACGACCCAGCCGGCGCUAUGACCCUGGUAGUCUCGUGACUUCGUCUCGUAGGAGCGCGACGCGGAAGCGGCGUCUGGGAGAAGGCUGGCAAAAUGGAGAGAGACCGGACGGGUGGGUGAGUGAGAAGGCCGCUCGACGGGUGCUACGGCAGACACAUCGUCGGGAUGCCAUGUGA